CUCAGCGGAGCUCACGCCUGCUGGGCGUGGGGCGCGGGCCGGGUGCUGCGCGGGGUUCCGGGGCAACUCGCUCCUGCCGCCGAUGCGGAUAUGUCGGGUCCGCGCGCGGGAUUCUACCGGCAAGAGCUGAACAAAACAGUAUGGGAGGUGCCGCAGCGGCUGCAGAGCCUACGCCCGGUGGGCUCCGGCGCCUACGGCUCGGUCUGGGUGGACUCAGGCCAGGCGCUCGCACUCGCCCACCUUGCAGCUCGGCCUACGACGCGCGUCUGCGCCAGAAGGUGGCUGUGAAGAAGCUGUCUCGGCCUUUCCAAUCGCUGAUCCACGCGAGGAGGACUUACCGGGAGCUGCGCCUACUCAAACACCUGAAGCACGAGAACGUCAUAGGGCUCCUGGACGUCUUCACGCCGGCUACAUCCAUCGAGGAUUUCAGCGAAGUGUACCUGGUGACCACCCUGAUGGGCGCUGACCUGAAUAACAUCGUCAAGUGUCAGGCACUGAGUGAUGAGCAUGUUCAAUUCCUCGUCUAUCAGCUGCUGCGUGGGCUGAAGCCGGUCUGCCCUCCCCUGCAGUAUAUCCACUCGGCAGGCAUCAUCCACAGGGACCUGAAGCCCAGCAAUGUAGCGGUGAAUGAGGACUGCGAGCUUCGGAUCCUGGACUUCGGGCUAGCGCGUCAGGCUGAUGAGGAGAUGACUGGAUAUGUGGCCACACGUUGGUACCGGGCGCCAGAGAUCAUGUUGAACUGGAUGCACUACAACCAGACAGUGGACAUCUGGUCUGUGGGCUGCAUCAUGGCUGAGUUGCUCCAAGGGAAGGCCCUCUUUCCUGGAAAUGACUACAUCGACCAGCUGAAGCGAAUCAUGGAGGUGGUGGGCACACCCAGCCCUGAGGUUCUGGCAAAGAUAUCCUCAGAGCAUGCUCGGACAUACAUCCAGUCCCUGCCCCCUAUGCCCCAGAAGGAUCUCAGCAGUGUCUUCCAUGGAGCCAACCCUCUGGCUGUAGACCUCCUUGGAAGGAUGCUGGUGCUGGACAGUGACCAAAGGGUCAGUGCAGCUGAAGCCUUGGCUCAUGCGUACUUCAGCCAGUACCAUGACCCUGACGACGAGCCGGAGGCUGAGCCCUAUGAUGAAAGUGUCGAGGCCAAGGAGCGCACCCUGGAGGAGUGGAAGGAGCUUACUUACCAGGAAGUCCUUAGCUUCAAGCCCCUGGAGCCAUCACAGCUACCUGGCACCCAUGAGAUUGAGCAGUGAGGCCUGAGGGGAGGCCUGAGCCUGCCCCCCUUUCCUCAGCUUUCCAGUUUUCCUCAGGAGGUGCCUCUCAGGCAGCCCUGACCCUUAACCUGGGACCCCUUGCCUUGAGAGAACUCUACCUACAUACACGCACGGAUGCACGGAUAUGUACAUAUGCCUGCUGUCAUGUGUUGGAGCCUGGGCAGUAGCGUUUCUGGGCCCACCUUGGCCCACCCAGGUUCUCCUUGGGACCUCAAUGUGUGGGAUCUUAAUGGGUCCCUGUCUGGAUUUCUUCUGCUCUUGAGAACUCUCUGGACUGGGAGGAAGGCAAAUGGGCCACGGCACCUGGAGACUCUGAGGGGCUGGGAGUCCCAGUGGUUGGAGCAGCUCGACCUGGAAGUGAGUGGGUGAAAGCUGAGGCCCCCCUCCAAAUGAGUGGCAUUCCUUCUGGGGGUGGCAAGGCAGAGGCCAUCACUAGAUACUGAAUCGGAAAAGCUGGCUGCAGCUUUGUGUUUACCUGUGAUGUGUGGGCAAGUGGGCAAAUGAGUGUACACUCCCGGUGCACACAUCAGAGCAUAUGCAGGCGUGUGCUGGUGCGUAUGAAUCUGUGAGCACCCGAGGGACCAGCAGCCAUUUCUGGGAGGGCACCUAAGCUGGAGACACUCUUGCCUCCCCUCCCCCAAGUUCCUGUUGCCUACUGGGUCUUGAGAGCCAGCUGUGAACUAGAUUAAAACCCUGAGAGGUGCCAAGAUCCAUCCAAAAACCUGGAGUUUCGGCUAGAGUGUAGGAGCUGCUACAGGAUCCGGAGGCAGAAGGACACACUGCCAGCUGGGAAACGGAUGAAGUAGGGGGUGUAAUCUCACGGAUGCUGGGUGGAGAGCACCCAUGGAUAUGAACUUGGACACUCUUGCCCCUGGACCUUGAGUCAAAGCUGACGAACGUUUUGUCUACAUUCUACCUCCCCCUACCCUUGUAGCUCUACAGCUGGUCUGGGGUGCUGUGGUCUGUGAGUCAUCCCUUAUCUGCCCUCUCCCCAGAGAGGAGCUGCCCAAGUGAUUUUUGAGAUAGGACCCUGUUUGAAGACACACUGGGAUGUGGCUCCUCCCUGAAGAGAGGAUGAUCUCUUGCUAUCAGGGACCAGGGGUCUCUGGAUGUCAAGUGCCUGCACUAAGAGUGCACAAUAAAGGGGCUUCCCUCUUGCUCUUAUUUGUGUGGAAGG